AACCCUCUUUUUUUUUUUUUUUUCCUCUCCCCUUCCGCAAUCUUAUAACAAAGUCAAAAAAAAUUUCUUAAAAAAAGGAAAAGGGAAAGGGGAGAAGAAAGGAAGAGAAAGGAAGAGAAAGGAAGAGAAAAGACAAGCGAUAAAUCAACGAACAAAUUGUUUGAAUAGAUAUGGUUGACUACGAAGUCAGCACUGCAACCCACGUCGGGAGCCAUGUUAGCCAGCUACUACGGACUAUUGGAAAUUGGAGUAGACCUAGUGGCCACGGUCUCUACAUGUUCCGCUCUAUGUUUGUUGCGUCCUCAACAGCAGCACUACUGGGCCUAGCCACCGCCGCUGCAUUAGGUAUCCUCACUGGUGGUGGUGGCCUAGGCUUCCUCCUUGGAUCGUGUGUCGGCUUCGUGGGCGGCUCGAUACACUACUACCAGCAAUGCCUUCGCCAGGCGUUGUCAUCCCUGGAUGAACACCCGGUUCUAAUGCAAUUGCACCUAGCCUACAAUUUCCCCUGGCAGGGCUAUCAGCACCUACGGAAGAGCCAACUACGUUCUGAGCAUUGGUGGAGGACCUCGUUCGCGCGCCAGGGGAACUUGAUUGCCGCCUGGAUGAGCGCUUCAGCUGUCCUUGAUGAGAUCCAUGAUCGCAAGACCGCGCUGAUUCUCGAAGCUAUCGUUAAGAGAGAGGCGUCUAAGGGGUUAAUGGAGGAUAAGGAAGAUUAAGUGCCUAGGUAGGUAGAUGGAUUUCCACAUCAUGUCGAUAUAAGUAUAAAUACUUAAAGUAUAUUUUGACCCACGCAUUACAU